UUUAGCAGUAGUAGAAAAUUAAUAUUGUUUUCCGGUUUUAGAUCAAAUGAGUUAGUAUUUAUUUCUCUCACUUCCUUCAUUUGUACUAUAAAAUCAAAGCAAUGAGUUUUAGCAAGGGGACCUUUAAACCCAUGAAACCAGUAUGAAGGAAGUUUGUCCUUGUUUUGCAGCACUGGGAGUGGCCAGCACCUGCACUAUGAUCAGUGAAGGUGUGGCCAUAGCUACUGCUGCUGAGUUUCACCUGAGAACAAAAUAAGCAAACCUAGUCAGCAGUGACACAACGUCAGGCUUCCAAGGACUCACAUUUAAAUUUGACUUUCUGCCUGCUUUGUUUAAGGGUUGCAAUGGAUCCUAGGGGCUGGAGUGUGUGGCUGAAGGUGGAUGUGCUGCUUCUAAUAGCAAUUCAGCUGAGGACAGAGGCGAUGGUGAUAACAUCAUCAGGGCCACAGACUAUUCAGAAAGCAGAAGGGGAAACAGUCAACCUUGGGUGCACCUACACUCCGGGUGCAGAGGACAAAGGAGACCUGGACAUAGAAUGGUCCAGCGUCAGUCCAGACAUGACACAAAAAGACAAACUGAUCUUGUCUUACACAGUUGACCAGAUACACCACUACGACCCAGACCUUUCCAAAAGAAUUAACCUUUUGACAGACCCAAAGCAGGGAGAUGCGUCCAUCUCAAUUUCAGCUGUGAGGGCCUCAGACACCGGCACCUACCAGUGUAAGAUCAAAAAGGCACCGGGCGUGGACAUGAGAAAAGUGACUCUGGUUGUGCAGGUUCCCCCCUCGGUGCCAAAGUGUUGGGUUGAAGGUGGUGAGGAGAAAGGAGCCACAGUGUCCCUACGCUGUAAAUCCUCCAAGGGAUCCAUUCCUCUCACUUAUGUGUGGAAACGAGAGACCGGGGGUGCGAUGCCAACCACUGCCACACAAGAUGCACAAACUGGAGAGCUUCUGAUAAAGAACCACACAGAGGGCAAUACUGGGACCUAUGUGUGUGAGGCAAAAAAUGGGGUUGGUGAAGCACAGUGCAAAUAUACACUGCAUGCAUACAACCCUACUGAUAAAGUGGGUGUCAUAGUUGGUGCGGUGAUAGGUGCUCUGCUGCUGUUACUCCUCCUCUUGUUUCUCAUCUGGCUCCUGGUCUGCUGCUGCCACAAGAAGCGCUACCAGAAGGAGGCUGCAAAUGAAAUUAGGGAGGAUGCCCCUGCUCCGGAGAGCAGACCCUCUAGCAGGCUCUCUAGUUUCCGCUCAGUGACGGGAUACAACACUCACCAGGGGUUGCAGUACACUUCUGUAGGGGGUCACCUGUCCAGUAUCAAUGAAUCUGGUCCCAUCAACCCUGCUGGCAGCAAUGCACCGAGCACAGUGGGGGACAGAGCAGCUCCUCUUAAAUAUGACCAUCAAUACGGAUAUGCUGUGUAACCUCAAGCAUGUUUUAACUAAGCCAAAACUGUAUAAAAUGUAAUAUAUGAAAUGCCUUGUAAAGGAAAUGUUAUGUAAAAUAUGCAAAUUACUCAAAGUGCAGUCCUAGUGGGAGUGCUGCAUCACUACUUUCAUAUUUAAGAACAGGUUCUCAUUGUUUAAGUCACCAUUGCACAAAUUUAGCUUUAUGUAAAAUGUAUAUAACAAACAUUUACAUAAUUCAUUAAGGUGUUUUUACCUCUAACAUAUGAAAGUACUGUAUGAUUGUUAUACUUUUUAAAAUAUACAGAAUAAAACAUUUAUCAGCAA